CACUAACUGAUUGUCAUCCAAGUGACUUCUUGGCAAAGUGGAGCUCAAUAGCACUGGGCUUGCUGUAAGCAGGAGGGAUGAACACAGAAAGAUUGUCCCCUGGGUAACUCUUGUUGUGAAGUCAAAGUGGCAUCUGCACUUCCUCAGUGCUGAGGCUCUGAGGAGCUCAGGAGUGCUGUACUUCACAAAGCUAAUGAUGGAACCUCCUCAACACUGGAAACAUACCUAUCCAUUACCCCCUGCUCUUCACUCAUUGACAGAGUCUGGGGAUCGCACUGCCCAGUACCAUGAGAAGUCAGGUUGGAUAUAUGGUUGGUUGAAGAACACACUUGAACGAAUUCAAGAUGAUCAAUAUCAGAAGAAUCAGGAAACAAAUAUCCACUGGCCUUUCCAAAGUCAUGUGGAAUGGAGACUGGGCAAAUUUCUUUCUGAGAACCUCAUGCAGGCUCAGAUCAAUACUUUCCUCAAACUGGAUUGGCUGGAUGGUCAAAAACCAUCAUUCACAUCAGUGUGCCAGCUCCUUGACUGGAUGGACACCCUGCCAUCAGGGCCAGGGUGGCAAGUAAUGCAACUCAAGGUUGGUGGCUACAACACAGGGAAGAAGAUCGAUCUUAUUUAUUGUGAUGGACUAGAGGUUGUAGAGAGCCUUUUCGGAAACCCAAUUUUUGCCCAGAAUAUGACUUUCAACCUGCUUUGCAUACAGAGAAAUGGAGAGGAGGAAUACAGGGAAUGGUUCACAGCACAGGAGGCAACAUACACUCUCCCUGAUGGCAUGACCCUUGUUCCUGUUAUUGCUGCUUCAGACAAGACACCUGUUACAAGGUACAUGGGUGGGCUUGAGAUGCACCCACUUUUCCUCAUGAUUGCCAAUAUUGAUGCCAAUUCCUGGCUCUGGCACAAAUGUGUUGACAUCAUCACAGAGAAGCUGAAGCAUGCUGCCAAUUGCAGAGAGUUCAUGGCUGAUCCAUUUGACCUGCCAGAGCAACAGCUGAUUGCCACUAAACCUUGGGACCUUGAUGCCUUCCAAAAGUUGGCGAAGGCUAAUCAUCUCCUUGGGGUACAUCUUCCAUUUUGGCAGGACUGGAAAAAUAGCAAUGUUUGCUGUUUCCUCAUCCCUGAAAUUCUCCACACAGUCCACAAGCUUUUCUUCAAUCAUGUGUUAAAGUGGUGCAAGGAGGUGGUUGGGAGUGAUGAACUUGACACCCACUACAAGGUCCACCACAAAUGUGUUGGGGUGCACCACUUCACUGCUGGUGUAUCACAUGGGAGCCAGAUGACAGGCUGUGGUUAUUGUGACAUCCAAUGUACUAUUGUCCCUAUGAUUGCUGGUGCUGCCCCUUCCAUGAUGAGGCCACUUCACACAGAAUCAUCAAUUAGAAGCAUGGAAGCAUCACUCUUAGAGUUUCAUUCAACAAAACAUGCCAUCAUCACUGCUGGCAGUCACUCAGGGAAAGAAAACUUUAACAUCCCUAAGCUGGAGCUUUUGUUAAGCUUUGCAGAUGCUAUUAGAAGGAGUGGCAGUUUGAUACAGUAUAGUGCUGAUGUCUCAGAGUGCCUGCUCAUUACCCAUUGCAAGACUCCAUUCACUUGGAUGAACAAGCAGCCCAAUUUCACCAAACAGAUCAUCCACCCUCUCGACCACAAGGAGCAUAUGCGCCUCUUGGAUGUGUACCUCCUACUUCACAAAUACAAUGAACCCUUGGUCAAUGCUGCCAGUGAUGAAGAAGAUCUUCUCUGUUCAGCAGAUCCUACUUCGGCAUGGGUCUCCCAUGUUGCCCCUGGCAAACAAUACCAUUUUAACUCUCCUUGGCCCAUUCACAAUAUUUUUACAGAUGGUAUUAGCUCCAGCAGUGCCACAACUGCACUGUCCAUCACAAUCACUCCUGACUGCACAAAACUCAGGAUUGUUGAUAUUGGAGAUAUUUACAUGCUUCCUGACUUCACCACUAGGCUCGAGGAAUACAUUUUGCAGUGCACAGGAGGUUCAACAUCCCACUCAAUCUUUCAGUCAUUCAAUGAAAUUAUGGUCUGGCAUAAAUUCCAUAUUCAACAGUACUCAGUAUCCCAGCCUUCAACCAUCAUGCCUAGUCAAGUGGUUCAAGCUCAGCCUCCAUCAACCAGCUUCCCCCUCAGCAACUGUGAUGCCAUCCUUCUGAAUGUCAAUGGGCAGAGUCAAUGCAAUCCUGGUUAUCAUGUUGCACAAGUACAAGUAGUAUUUCAGAUGGCCCACUCCCACCACUCUCAAGAGCUGCCUCCCCCCUUUUUAGCUCAGCCUCUCCUUUAUGUUCAGCCAUUCCAUAUCAUCACAACACCAGAAAGUCAACUAGACACAUGCUUGUGGAUGCUUGAGAGGGUAUACUCCCCCUCUUUAUGUCCAACAUUGGCUUGCUGUGUUGGCUUUAUUCUUCCUUCAACUGAAGUUUGUCAUUCAGCAGACCUAGUGCCUGCAUUUGGGAAGGAAGUAGACCACACAGUGACACUGGCAACAUCACAGGAGGUGUACCAACACUUCUACCUCAACUACUAUACUGACAAGGAAGCUUUUGAUACAUUGUAUGAAUAUAGAUCAGUACAGAUCUAG